CACAAGAACAAACGACAACACAAGAACCAACUACACGAGAACAAACAACAACACAAGAACAAACAACAACACAAGAACCAACUACACAAGAACAAACGACAACACAAGAACAAACGACAACACAAGAACCAACUACACAAGAACAAACAACAACACAAGAACAGACGACAACACACGAACCAACUACACAAGAACUAACAACAACACAAGAACAAACGACAACACAAGAACAAACGAUAACACAAGAACAAAUGACAACACAAGAACCAACUACACAAGAACAAACGACAACACAAGAACAAACUACACAAGAACAAACAACAACACAAGAACAAACGACAACGUCAGAAUCGACGACAACAUCAGAACCAGCAACAACACAAGAACAAAAGACAACACAAGAAUCAACAACAAAACAAGUACCAAUGACAACAUCAGAACAAACAACAACAUCAGAACCAUUAAUAACAACAAUGUCAAAUAAUACAACAAACACAUGCUCUUCAACAACUGAAACAGGUAACGUUACAGCUCCGAUAACACUCCCCAAUAAACCAGAUAUUAUAUAUCUGAGGGACAUAGAGAAAGCGGAUGAUGAAGAAUUCAAAGAAGUCAACAUAUAUAAGCCAAUAAAAAAGAUAUUUUUCCAGCCUGCAGAGGCAAAACAUUCUAAAAUCAUUGGAGUACCACCCUUGGUAAUAAUAGCGUUAUUUUUGGCAGGAAUUGUUAUCUCUGAUAUUGGCAAACUUACGAAAGACAUGAAAAAAGGAUAUAACAAUGUAAAAAGCACUGUUAAAUGGCUACUCAAAAGUAGUAGGGACAUUGAUGCUACAGAUGUGAUUGAACGGGUACGUGAAGGGUUGCAUGAAUUGAAAGACGAUGACACUUUUCAAAAUGAAAGUGUUUUGGAACAAGCGAGUAAACAUUCAUGUAACAUAACAGACAAGCAACCGACCGUUGAUGAUAUAAAUGUGGUGCAACAGAUCAUGUGAUGUGCAAAAUGUGAGUAUUAUUGCACAGGCAAGUGAAUAAUCGAGUUUUAUUAGAGACAAAAUGUAAGGAGGGCACACAAGUGAAGGACCAUUAAGAGACUAUCAACACUGGAAAUCGAUGUACCAAGGAAGUGUUGGAUCAUAUUACUUACGAAUGCCAUUGCCAUUGUACAUAUUUGGCAAAAGAGCAAAUGAAGAUUCAUUCGUGCUUUAAACCUGUCUACAUAUUACGUACGUACAUUAAGAAAAUAGAGAGAAUCUGUGGUCGACACAAUGUUGCAAAA